UAUUAUAAUAUUUACAUGCGUAUUUCAACAAAAUAUUAACUUAUCACUUUCAAUAGAGCUAAAAGUUAUACAUAUAAUAUUGUAAACCAAAGUGAAGAAAACCCAUUUUCCAUUUUGUGGACUAUCUGUUCACGUCGGAAUCAAGACAACAUAAUAUAGUUUGUAAGAAUGUCUCAAAUAACUUCUUCAAAAGAGUUGUUAUCUCAAGCACUUCAAAGUCGGAUUAUACCUAAUCAGGAAUAUUUAUUGCAAGGAUCUAUUCUGGAUUCGGCUGUAGAUCAUUUAAUACACAGGUUACGAGGAUUAUGUGAUACGGUCGAUGCGUCACCUGAAACUUUUCAUGAUUUGGAAGUGUGCUUAAGUCUGCGGCAACCAACACAAACAGCUCCACUAAUGCUUCGUGUUCGGAGAGCAUUAGAUAGAGAUGCACCAUUUCAAUUACGAUACAUCGGACAACCAGAAUUAGACAGAGCGCGUCCAACACUUGUUCGCUCUAGCAUAGAUGUUGGGUGUACCUCCACAAUUUUAGACUUCCUCACAGAAUUGGGCUGCAGAUUGGAUUUCGAAUAUGUGAGUCGUGGAUAUAUUUUUCGUAAAGGAAGGAUGAAAAUAACUGUUUCCAAAAUAAAAGCUGUUCCUGGGAAACAACAAGAAAUGAGUACAGAAUCAGUAUCUCAGAGCUAUUUGGUUGAACUUUCCGUUCUAGCUCCAAAUGGUCAAGAUUCCAUUGGAGAUGAAAUGCGUAUCUUUGCUGAGCAAUUGAAACCAUUGGUGCAGUUGGAAAAAAUCGAUUACAAACGGCUUGGAGGUUUGCCUUAAAUUAUAAUAUGUAUUAUUGUAUUCAUAAAUAAAAGAUUUAAAAUACUA